GCCCCGCGGCCCUGAGGCGGCCCGGGCCCGGCGGGAGCAGCCGGGCCAUGCCGAGCAGGCCGCCUCGCCAGUUUGAAAGUACCUCUGCGCUCCCGACCGCGCUCCCUAAAUGGUUGUCGCUUCCCACCUCCCACGGAGGGAUGAGUUAGGCUGGAGCUGGCGCCGACGCGGGCCCCCGCGCAGAGCCCUCGGUAAGCCAAGAGAGAGCUGCUCCCUGGGUUGAUUCCUGUGCCCCUUGCAAGUGUGAGCACGUCGCAGCUAGCACCGAGAAGAUCCUCCUCUCCUCUUCAAGGCACUUGCCUCUGCCUCCUGUUCCUUUGUCCAAAAGAAGGAAAAGCCAGACCAAAUCAGUCCAUAAAGAACGUGUGCUGGUCUAAGGAGGAGGCUCUGGAGUCCUUUCACCACUUUUCUUCCCAGGAUCCUGGCUGUGGGCUGGAUUUUCUGGUCUCAACUUGAGGGGAUCAUUUACAGGGAAUCAGGAUCUCAGAAUCUUUGUGUCUUGCUUUUACUUGAACCCUUUCACUCGGGAAGCUGAAGCUAUCACUGCUAAAAUCCCAUUUUUUUCCCCAAGCAUGUCAGAAAGCUGGCAGCAGCAGCAGCAGCAACCACAGCAGCCGCCGCCACCGCAGCAGCACCACGCUGGGGCAGCCGCCCUCCCAGAGCACUCCAUCCCUCCCAGCACUGCUGACAACCCCCUGGGCUGUGCCGUGUACGGCAUCCUGCUCCAGCCAGACCCUGGACUGCAGCACCACCAGCACGCCCCCAUCCAGGCUGGAGAGCCGUCCCACAAGUGUGGUGUGUGUGGCCAUGACCUCGCCCACCUCUCCAACCCCCACGAGCACCAGUGCUUGCCAAGCCAUGACCGCUCUUUCCAGUGUACCCAGUGCCUGAAGAUCUUCCACCAGGCCACCGACCUCCUCGAGCACCAGUGCAUCCAGGUGGAGCAGAAGCCCUUCGUGUGCGGGGUUUGCAAGAUGGGUUUCUCCCUCCUGACCUCGCUGGCGCAGCACCACAACGUCCACAACGGCAAUGCCAUGAAGUGCUCCAUCUGUGAGAAGACCUACAAGCCUCCCGAGGUGGAGCAUCCACAGCCUCUCGACCCCUCGGAGAAGCCCUACAGCUGCUCCAUCUGUCAGAAAACCUUCAAGCACCUCUCGGAGCUGUCCCGGCACGAGCGCAUCCACACGGGCGAGAAGCCGUACAAGUGCACGCUGUGCGACAAGAGCUUCAGCCAGUCCUCCCACCUGGUGCACCACAAACGGACGCACAGCUCCGAGCGGCCCUACAAGUGCACGGUGUGCGAGAAGACCUUCAAGCACCGCUCCCACCUGGUGCGCCACAUGUACGCGCACUCGGGGGAGCACCUCUUCAAGUGCAACGUCUGCGAGCUGCACUUCAAGGAGUCCUCGGAGCUGCUGCAGCACCCCUGCACGCCCAGCGGGGAGCGGCCCUUCCGCUGCGGGGAGUGCCAGAAGGCCUUCAAGCGCCCCUCGGACCUGCGGCAGCACGAGCGCACGCACAGCGAGGAGCGGCCCUUCAAGUGCGACCUGUGCCAGAUGAGCUUCAAGCAGCAGUACGCGCUCAUGCGCCACCGCCGCACGCACAAGGCCGAGGAGCGCUUCAAGUGCAACCUGUGCGAGAAGGGCUUCGUGCAGCCCUCGCACCUGGUGUACCACCAGCACGUGCACGGCAUAGAGAACCUCUUCAAGUGCAACGUGUGCCAGAAAGGCUUCAACCAGUCCUCGGAACUGCUGCGGCACAAGUGCGUGCAGAACGCGGAGCGGCCCUUCAAGUGCGCGGUGUGCAACAAGUCCUACAAGCGGGCCUCGGCUCUGCAGAAGCACCAGCUGGCCCACUGCGCCGAGAAGCCGCUCAAGUGCACGCUCUGCGAGAGACGUUUCUUCUCCUCCUCGGAGUUCGUGCAGCACCGCUGCGACCCGGCCCGCGAGAAGCCCCUCAAGUGCCCCGACUGCGAGAAGCGGUUCAAGUACGCGUCGGACCUGCAGCGGCACCGGCGCGUGCACACGGGCGAGAAGCCCUACAAGUGCUCCUCCUGCGAGAAGGCCUUCAAGCAGCGCGAGCACCUCAACAAGCACCACAGCGUGCACGCCCGCGAGCAGCAGUACAAGUGCAUGUGGUGCGGGGAGAGGUUCCUGGACCUGGGCCUGCUGCAGGAGCACAGCGUGCAGCACACGGCCGAGGGUGCCUACCAGGUGGCCGCCUGCUUGCCGUGAGCCUCCCGCCCCGCCGUGGCUUUCAGCUUGCAUGGGACGCUCCCGAGCCUCAGCCUUCCCUCUCCAGCCUCCAGGGAGUGUGGGGGAAAGGGGGGGUACAGUGUGCGGGCAGGUAAACUUUCCUCUGGCCUCAGAUAUGCCGCCUGUAUGGAAGUAGCAACAGACGACGUGGACCUCUCAAAGGGGUGGAAAGGAAAGGAGGAAGGGGGAGGGAGGAAGCUGUGCCUGUAGAUGCCUGGUGUUCCCUGGACUGUAGUUCGUGCUGUACCUGCAGUUCCAGUCCUGGGAGCUCAGCUGUCUGUUGCAGGCACCAGCUCUUUGUGUGCAGCCUUUUUUUCCCUGUCCUGCCUGGCAGGGUUGGUGGGGAGGAUUGGGUGACUCUCCUUCUGGAGAGGGUUUAGAAGCAAGGCAGAGCCAGCCCUCCCUUCUCCCAAGGAGUGCUGCUUGGCAUAGAGAUGGCAGGUUUCUGCUGCUGGGGUCUCCCAACUUGGUCCAGGCUCAGUUGAGGGCAUCCUUUCAGAUCAUUAGUGUUCAUUGACUGCCCCAACCUCCCCUGCUCUCCCUCCUUCUAGAGUGUUGAAAGGGAAAAGCCAUGGGGCUCCACAGCUCCAAAAAGCACUUUGGCAUUGCUGCUUUUGCAGUGGCUGGCUGUCACACUCUGCAGGGGUCUGGGUGAGCCUGCCUGCCCCCUGUCCCUGGCAGCUGCACAGGGAGCUGUAGGAAGCUGCCCCCAGAAAGCAUGGCAAGGAGCACUGGGACAGUCUGCCUGGGAGGAGUCUUGGAUUCUCCCUCUCUGGAGACAUUCAGAACCCACCUGGACAUAUUUCUGUGUAACCUGCUUUAGGUGACCCUAACUUAGCAGGGGGGUUGGACUAGAUAAUCUCCAAAGGUCCUUCCAGCCCUAAAGUUCCAUGGUUCUGUUACAGCAUUCAUUCCCUGCUCCCAACCAAAAGCCUGCCAUUCCAGAGCUGAUCCCAAGGCACUUCCCCUCUCCUCCCUUGCCUCCAGCCCCCUGGGCACCCCUUGGGCUGACUGUGGUACCUCCAGCAGGGUCAGGCAAUGGCUGUCACAGCUCCAACACUAAGGGGUGAGAUGAACACUACAAUAACCUACAGCUGCAGAGGUGUUGCCAUGGCCAGCAUAACCCACACCAGAGUGAGUGAGUCAGGAGAAUCCUUUAUGGCCUGCAGGCUCAGCUCCAUAGGGAAAGCAAAGUUAGCAGUGGGUAAAGGAGAAGUCUAUUUUUUCCCCUCUUGCAGGAGUCCUGUUUUACCCCUUUGCCCUUUCUUUACCUCGUCUGUAUUCUUCAGGUUUUGCACACUUCUUGUAAACAUCACUUCAAAAUAAAUCUCCCCUAGCAAGGUUGAUGCAGCCUCAGGUGUUUUCAUCUGCAGGAAUUUGCAGGCUUCUCAUGUCCAGGAGAUCCAUUACACGUCAGUUAGAUGCCUUGGAGGUUGAAGAUGUGCCUACUAGGUUGUCCCCCAGCCUUCCCCCUCCAUCUUUGGAGAUAUUGAGUGUCCAUCUGUGGAGAUAUUCAGGCCCUGGCUGGACAUGGUCCUGAACAACCUGCUGUAGCUGACCAGUCCAAGCAAGGAGUUGGACCUGGGGGUCUUCAGAGGUCCCUGCCAGCCUCAGCCCAUCUCUGCUGUUGGCUGGUGCUGCUGUGAGGUUGCAGUGAGCAGCCAGGGUGUUGCCCAUGUGCUGCACAAGGACAAGGUUAUGGCUGUUGUCCAUGGCAAGUGUAGACAGAUUAGCCUUGCAGGACUGGGCCUGCAUCCCUGUUGGGGGACACUUGUCUGAAAGGUGGAGAAAGGCUUUAGUUUUCCAUUUCCAGCACAGUGUGGGGGAACAGGGUGCAUUUUGAGGGGCUGGGACAGGGAAGUGACAGGGUAGACCCUGGGGCUGAGUCUUCUUCAUGUGCAACUUAAAGGUGAUUAAAACAGACUGUGCUCUCUGCUGCCCAAGGAAGAGGGACCCAUGCUGGUUAUCUUACUUUGUGCUGCCUCAAAGAUGUAGAACUUCCUACCAAGUUUUCCAUCUGUGUUUCUUUUUCCUCUUCUUUUUUUUUGUUUUACCUUUUUUUUUUAUAAAAGCAGUUUGUUAAAAUUCAUUAAAAAUACUGUAUAGUUUAACUUGAUGUCAUACUGAAUCUUUAAAAAAACAAAAGAGAUGUGGUAACUUGGAUUUUUAAAGAGCUCUUUAGUUCUAGGUAACUGGUUUUUGCUGUUUAAUAUGUAGUAAGUUCAGUGUAUGCUUUACUGUAGGAGUAAAAGAGAGUCCAAACAAAGGAAGGCUAAUCCUGUCUUUGCAGAAGGGCUUGGUGGUGAUGGAGGCUGCAAAUGUGGGACCAGAUGAGGGCUGUGGCACCUUCCUGAACCCUUGCUCUGUUCCUGCCUUGGGCCAUGGCUCCUCUGCUCUUUGCCAGCACAGCUGCCAGGGGUUCAGUGGUCACUGGCAGCCAGGAUCAGUGCCCAGGGCUCAGAGCUUGCAGAGAGGCUCAGCUUUGUCAGGAGGGGAUUGUGAGAUAAAGUCAGCUGCAGCCUCCAUGGGCUGUUGUGGCUCUGCUGUUUCCUUGUAGAGCAGCAGAGGAGGGUUUGGAGGAAUCAUCAGCUGGAUCAGCUGGCUGUGCCCUGCUCUGUUCCUCCCCAGGAGCCUGGGUGACUGCCUGGGUGACUGCCUGGCACCUGGGGCAGAGGAGGGUGGUGCUGAGCCCAGACACAGCUCCACACUGUGCAGAGCCAUGGGGCUGCCAGGUGCUGUCCCCUUGUGCAGCUGGACACUGGGACUGUUGGGGGUGUUUCUCUUCUGCUAAGCAGCUGGGAAAGCCCUGGGUAUCCCAGUGAGGCUCUGCCUGGGAUGUGUCAGUGGCCAAGCAGUGCCCUGGGCAGAGAGACUCAUCUGGGCUGUGUGCCUGGGACUCCAGGCCAGAGAGGGGAUGCUGUGUGGAGUUUGGCAGGGGUGAGCCCAGGUCCAGGUCAUCAGCUGGUCAAUAGGUGCCUCCAGGUUCAAAAACAUCAUGGAUCAGGAUUAGAACAUCAUUAUUAGGCUGGCUGUGAGUCCAUGGUGAUUCAGUCUCUUGUUUCAUUUGCUGCCCUGCAGGAGCCCAAACCCAGCUGAAGCCCAUAGAGAACAUGCAGCUGGAGCUUGUGGGUGGGGUGGGCACUGAGUGGCCACAGAGAGCUUUGGGUAUAUUUUUAUAGGAGCAUUUUCCAGCUGGAAGCAGCAGUGUUGCCUGCAGGGGUGGGGGGAGCAGCUCCAUCUCCAUUGCUGUGCCUUUAGGUCAGGUUGUGGCCAGUGAGGUGGGAGGAGGUGGAAGCAGCAGGAGGCACAGGAGCAGCACUGUGCUGCUGUGUGGGGAGACACAGGCUGGCCUGGGGGCUGCUGUCCCUGGGGCAUCACACUCAGGGCUCUGCUCACUGCUGGUGUUUCCUUUUCGAACCAAAGAGCAGCUGGGGCCAAAGCCCGCUGGGGAGUGAACCAUGUCUGUACUCUGUACCUGUUGCACUUCACUUCUGGUGUUUAUUUCAAGCAACUUUCAGGCUCCAGCCUCUGCUUGGCCUCUUGCAUUCCUCACGGCCCUGCAGCACCCCAGAGAGCUCCUGUGCUGGAGCUGCUGUGCCAUCAGCCCUGUGGCAAGUGCACAAGGCAGUUCAGGGCCUGGUUGCAGCCCAGUGAGGAUGCUGAGGGGCUGGGUAGGGGGUUCCUCCCAGAGGAUGGUUCUCCUUGGCAGGCAGGCUGAGCAGGUGGAGAGGAGGGUUAGGUUGGGCAGAGGUUGUGUGGGUGUUCUCCAGGACAUAAGUCCUGCUGUCUAGGGCUGCUGUUCCUCUGGCUUCCUGGGUUCAGGAAAAGGCAGUCUGUAACCAGGGCUUCUACUGAUCUUGACUUGCCCUGACCCUACCAACAGGAUGCCUUUAGCUGUCUCAGCCCCUUCUCUUCCACAGUUUAUACUUUUAAAGGACAUUCUCAGCUUCUUUUCUUUGUUCAGUUCUUUAUUUGUAAGCAGUGCUUUGUUUUUCAUUCCUUCUUCCACGCUGAUUGUGAAGUCUCUUCCUUCCUUCCCACCUCCCUGUGCUCUCCCCAGCCCCAAAUUCUUUUCCCAGCCUGAGGCUGGAUCCUGGUGAUACCCAACCACUGAUGGUGAGAUCAGGUGUUUAGGACCUGAGUCUUGCUGCUCCUUGCCCACAGCAGGCCAUGCAUUUCACUGGGCAUGGGCAGUGCCUGUGACCUGGAAGCUUGGCAUGGGAUGCUGCCCAUGCUCUGACAAGUGAAUCCAAGCCAGGACCAAGAGCCAGAGCAGAGCUGCAGGAAAUGGGGACUGGGUUGGGAGCUGCCAUUUCCAUCUCCAAGGCUGGGGAUUAGGUCAGUGAAGGACUGUCAGACAUUCCUGGGAGGUGUCCUGGCACUAUGGUGGGCUCAGUGCAGUUGGUUCCCCUGGCAGUGCUGUGGAGCAGCUGUGUGCAUCAAGCAGGCAGCUGAGCUGAGUUAGCUGUGGCAGGGACACCCCUGGGACCAUGGGAUGCUCAGGUGGCUGUGCCAGCUCUCUGGUGAGCAGAUGCCAUCUCUGCAGUCUGGGUGGGAAGAUGUUCAUGCUCUGGUCUCAGGGCCCAUGUGCUGGACUGGGGGACAAAGGGGAAAGCAUCCUCUGACAGAGUUUUGGGACCAUCUCUGGGCACUCAAGCCUGCCCUUGCAGGGAGAAGAGAAGGGAGGAGAGCACUUUCUGCACUUCCUUGGGUAUUUACCAUCAUUCUAGGCUGCAGCUGAAGCCUGACCAUUACAGAAUAGGCAAAACUCUCUUGUUAUACUUCAGAGUUAUACUCUUUCUCCAUUGGGUGAUGGUUUCAGCUGUGGGAAGGUUCCUGUGCAUGCAGGUGAAAUCUGAGAUUCAGUAAGGACAGGCCAGUGAGGUUUGGGGCUGCAGCUGCCCCCAGGCUGGGUGAGCACCCAGCUCUCCCCAGCUUCCUCCCCAGCAUCUCCUGGCAGCCACCCCUGGCACUCUGUGGAUGUGAAGAUGCUGCUCUCACAGCGUGCCUGGGAUGCUCAGUGGGGAGAGCAGGAGCACAGGUGGCAGCUGGACCGUGGGCUUGUUUCUGAGUGCCUCCAAGUGUGGAUCUGAGGGACUUCAUGGUCAGGGAGACUCCUGGGCACCUCCUAACCUGUGCUCACGACUCCAGCAGAGUUCCCAGGGCUGUCAGGAGUCACAGCCAAGGUUGCUGAGGUUUGUGUGGCUUGCAGUGCCUUUAACACUGCUCUCCAUGUGUUUCUAAGAUGAUACUCCAUGUAUGUGUGUAUAUAUAUUGUAAUAACACAUCCCGCUCUUCUGUGUGAGUGUCAAAUGGUUUUGCUUUACUAAUAAAUUUAUAGUUAUUUAUA